AUGCCCAUGACUUGGAACACUGAGUCGGACGCUCGGCUCCUGAUCGCCAUCAUCUCUACCACUCCCAACAUCAAUUGGGAUGCGGCGGCUGGCUUCAUGGGCCCGGACUGCUCGGUCAGUGCCCUCAAGCACCGUGUUGCCCGCCUGAAGGACAAGGCUGGUGUGCCUGCUACUCCCCGUGGCAAGACUAGCAAGGCCGGCACCAAGCGUGCAACCCCCAUGAAGUCCUCCAAGGCCGACCUCGACAAGGCCAAGGCCAAGAAGGGAAAUACCGAGAAGAAGCCCAAGGUCAGCACCGCCAUCGACGACGACAACCUCGAUCAAGUCGAUGACGACAGCAACGAGGAGCAGGAGCCCAAGGACGAGUCCCACGAGGACGACUCCUUGCUCGAAUAUGCUUAG